AACCAUAACGAGCAGACGUAUAUAGUGUGUUUAAGUAAUAAAUAUGGUAUAAAAUGUGUAUCUAUAUAUAUAUACACCGGGAAACGAUAAUAGGUUAAAAUAUUCAUAUAUGUGGUAGGACAAUGAUCGUUUUCUUUUGGUUUGUUUUUGGGACAAAUGUACAUUUUCUAGUGCAUAGUUAUUUCAUCGAGACACAACCAUCGGUAUGGGGAAAAGCUUCAUGUCAAAUAGCAUUUCCAGUCCUGAAUUUCUCUGGGAGUACACCUUCUAUAGAUUCAACCGAGGAUAUUUCGAACCUAACAAUUCCUGGGAAAGGUGUUUGGAUUGGCUAUUAUCAAGCAAUGGUUACCUACACAUAUGUCGGAAACGGUCGAAGGGAUCAGUAUGAAGGGCAGAUUUAUGACGUACAAAGUCUUGGCGACUGCAUAUCCGCUACUGGAUGUAAAACCUUCGGGUUAUGGAAAUCAAAUACAGGCCUUACAUGUAAAUGUGCCUUGGGAUAUACAGUAUUUGCCAACAUAUCUUGUGAUUCACAUUGCAAUGACUCGAACUUUGAAUUUCCGUGUGGAAUGGCAGAGACCAAUAUAAUGUCUGUAUACAACACAGACAAUGAAAGAAUAAUAUCAAAGACGGACGACACAUGUACGUCGAUUGAAUGCAGUUGCCUCUCAUUCACAUACAAUAAUACUCCAUCCGAAUACAUAUUUAAAUGGAGGACAUGCAUGAAGAAAGAUUUUUCCCUUCAACCCCUUUGCAAUAACCAUAACUUUUCAGAUGAUAACCAAACGGCUGUAAUUCCGAACUCUGUUUUUAAAGAAACGUGGGCAUCUGCAUCUGAAGUGUGUUGUGCUGCCGGAAAAUAUCCAGCGACAUAUACAAGCAUAUUGAGCACAUCGUUUUCUAACACUGUUGCCGGACAAGAGCGUUGGACAGGGGUCAUAAGAAAAUUGUCCACUAUAAAACGAACCGAAAAUUUCACCCUCUACGAAAUACCUGCGGUCUCGGUCGCUGUUCUGCAUGAAAAUGGUACGGUUGUGUUUAAAGAUGGGACUCAACCUAGAAAGCACUUAUGCCAUCCUCCAAUUUCGAACACAACAACAUCAACAAAAUCGUACACAGCACCGGAAGAAACAACGGCGUCGCUAGGCACAGAAGACUCAGGAUCCACGGCCGGUCUCGCAGCUGGUGUGUCCGUUUCUCUAGUUUUACUUAUUGUUGGUGCGAUCAUUGUGUUGAUGUUCUUAAAAAGGAGGAAACUUCUACCGAAGUGCCACAAACAAACUGAUGAAACAAGCAAUCAUACCGCAAACACAGCGACAGAAAAUUCAUACAUAUCAACACCGGUAUUUGAAUCUAGCACAAACACAAUGCAUGACUUGACAGCUUCCAAUCAUUCUUAUUUUGUACUUGAAAAGACAUUUGGCGGAGUGAAUAAAAUUGAUGCUGAUCAUUAUGCAGAGCCAGAUGCGACCGAUUUUGACCAUUGUGAUUUGACCGAAACGCCAGGGAAAGACAUUGUUAACGAUUACGACACAACCGAUGGCAGAAAUGGCACUGCCGCGACUAAAUUGGCUAAGCAAGAUAGCAACUAUAACAAAGUCACUUUACAUCGAUUUAAUGAGUAUGACCAUAUUCAUAAAAAUGGAACUCUGUUAGACAGACAAAUUGAAAAUGAAUAUGAUAUCUCAAGUAACAUUAUAAACGGCAAACGCAAUAAACGUUGUGGAGAUGACGAUAAUACAUAUAAUCAAUUGCACAAACAUAAUUUGAAGGGUUCUGGCAAGGAUGAUAUUCAUGGAAAGAGGGAAGCAGAUGGCGACAGUGGAUACGAUACUUUCGGAGAUCUGAAAGGUAGCCGGAAUGCAGCUGCAAAAGAACCGGAGAAUGGUUAUGCCGUGGUUAAAAAAAAAUGGUAGAGUUCGGUGCCAGUCAAAGGACAUAUAAUUACAUGACUUGAUCAUUUAAAGUUAUCUUACUUUCAGGCUGAUUAAAACAAUCAACGUUUUGUACCUAUUGUUGAUAAAACCGUGAGAAAUGUUUAAUUAAUGAAAAGAAUAACUCAACUAGGUUUCCGUUCAAUCCUAUUACGGAAGAUGUGCCCCAUCUGUUAAAUGGUAUAAAUGACAUGCUUAACCAGGUUAUACACUUUUAUAUUUGUGUUUGUAUCUUAUUGUGUAUGCUUUGUGUUGAAAUAUCUGUUUCUCGUCGCCAUAGACACAAGCGUCAUUUUUUUGUAACUACAUGUGUAAACUAACAAAUUACUCUUUGCUGUUAAGAGCCAUUAUUAUAUCUAGGUAAACGUAAAACAAAUGAACUUUUCGCUAUAAUAUAUAGUUGUUUGAUUAAUGUUUUAAAGUUUUUUGAUAACACAAAACUGUUGUUAUUUC